CAGUUCAAGAUGGCGCUGUCCUGUAGGGGUGUGUGCCGCGGGGCUUCAGUGAUCUUACUAUAUGGACAACGACCUGUCGGGGUCAAAGCAAGUCUCUGCACACCUAGAUUGACGUCCACACAAUCAAGUUUGUGGUUUGUAAGUCACUACUCACCUUCGCAAGCGAGGCAUGGGAUUGGCCGAAACAUUGUGUCCAGGCUCAAGUGGGCCAAUGAGAAGUACGAGAGAUUCCUGCAGCGGCGCUUUCCUCGCUUUUAUGUUCUCUAUCACACCUUUAUGAAAGGGUUUCGGCUCCUGUUUCAAGAUGCCAAAGAAAUAAGAAGAAUCCAGACCCGGGUGCUCACCGACAACAUAGGUUAUGAGAACCUGCCUUACCGCGAGUUGGAGAAACUCAGACAGUUUCGGAGAGACUUAAUCAAAGCCAUUCCCCUGGCCAUCCUGUCGAUUCCUCCUUUUGCCAACUAUUUGGUAUUUAUCCUCAUGUACCUCUAUCCUCGCCAGCUCCUCAUCCGGCACUUCUGGACCCCACAGCAGCUGGUGGAGUUUCAGGGAAUAUAUCAUAGUCAGAGAGCACAGCAUCACUGGGCUAUAGUCAAAGGACUGGAGGGGACAGCACCUUCUGUUCAAGACAGCCAUCUUAAAAGCCGACUCGUGGAGCUCUGCAGUAAGGUCCGAAAUGGAGCCCAUCCUGUGGUGUCUGACGUUCAUGCAGUCCGAACGUUGUUCUCUGGACUACCUUUAGGCGUCAGGAGAAUGUAUGCAGACCAAAUGCGACAUCUUUGUCCGUUGCUCUUCCUGACACCCCGCCUUCCUGCCUUCUGGGUUGGUCGGCGCUUGAAUAAACACGCCUUAGAACUCAUGCAGCUCGACCGUGCCAUUGUUCGGUUAGGUUUGCACCAGUUAAAUGAUGCCGAGCUCAGAGAGGUCAUAGGCAUGCUUUGUGAGAGGGUUGAAUCCAGACCAUCUGAGUCCCGGAUACUGUCGUGAAUGGCUUACACAAUGGCUACAGUUCUCAACACACCUCAAAGAAUCAGAGACCUCCCUUUAUCUGCACAGUAUGGUAUUGCUUACUGUAAACUUCUCAAAACACCCACGUCACUAACCUCAGACAACCAGAUGACAUCUCUACCCAAUGCUCACCACUGACUUAAAGGAAACAACAAAAACCAACCUGAGGGCAAAUGCCAGGGGAACAAGACUCUUGUAUUUUACUCCAAGGAGCACAAGUUUCAUCAUCUGUUACUUCUGUAAUUGGAGAAAUAUUUCUGUUUCUGUAAUGUAUAUUCAUAAAUGUUGGAGUCUCAUUUUUUAACACGUAUUCAGUUUACUUUAGUGAGGUUAUUUCAAGAAUACCAUUGAGUUUCUAGAAUUUCUGAAGGUAUUUAAUUUUUUCUAUGCUGGAGGGUGUAAUGAUGCCAAAAAGUGCAUCGCUGUGAGCGGUUACAAUCACAUAUAGUGUGAUAUGUCGGUAAUAUCUUAUUGGAACUCAUUGGUCUUUUCUUGAGACAUUUAUUUACUUAUUUCACUAAAGAUUGUCCAAACAGAGUGCUAAAUUGUUGUGGACUUGUUUCUAUGAUAUUGUUUCCCAUUACAACUUUCUGUGCGAUCUUAAAAGGAACACAAUCAGAUCUGUGCCAUUUUUUGUGUUUGCACUGACCCACGGUAAUUAAAAUGAGUUUGAUCCCAUUUAUUAAGAUUUCAGUCUAUCAGAUGUUUAAGAAAAAGCCUGUUAAGAGAUACUGCAGAUAAGGUAUAUUCUUUUAUUACCAAGCUGAAUUCUGUAAUAUAACAUAUCCACAUUUUAAUUGUUUAUAUACACAUUUUAAGUUAAGUAUUUAUUUUUAAGAAUUUCAAACUACACAAAGAUUAUUUGUCCUAUUCAAAAAGAUGUCUGUUGUGUGCACUGGGCUGAUGGUUAAAGCACUGCAGUUAAGUCGCUAACGCUAUACAAGCUUGGAUCUAUAUGGAUCUUGGGGUAAGCAAGACCAAGAAAAAUGUCUUUAAACCUUUUCAUUCAGCCUUUCACAGGUGCCUUUACAUUUAAGAACACCAAUGCAAACAAGGUGAAAUACAUGCUGUUAUGUUGUCAAUUGUGCAGCAAUUUUGAGAUGUGUUUUAUAUCAAGAGACACUGCUGUUUUUUGUUUUGUUUUGUUCGGUGAAAUGUUAAUAGGCAAUGCAGUAUGAGAAGGUCUGAACUGACUUCUAUUAAAAGACUUCACUUAA